AUGCUCGCGAUUCCAGACUUUAACGCAGGGGCCAUGGAGAACUGGGGCGUUGUCACAUACCGUGAGAUGCGGUUGCUGAUUGACGACCAAGCCAGCAGUUUGGCGCAAAAAACUGCGACAGCGCGCACCGUGUGCCACGAACUGGCGCAUCAGUGGUUUGGCAACUUGGUGACGAUGGAGUGGUGGACCGAGCUGUGGCUAAACGAAGGGUUUGCGCGCUUUAUGGAGUUUGAAGCGGUGCAUGACAUCUUCCCCGAGUGGAAUGUCUGGGGCAGCUUCGUGCAGGACAUCACCCUCGCCACGGCCAUGAAGAAGGAUGCGAUGGAGUCGUCGCAUCCGAUUGAAGUGGUGGUGCACCAUCCGGAUGAAGUGGACCAGAUCUUUGACGUGAUUUCGUAUGCCAAGGGCGCGUCGGUCAUUCGCAUGUUGGCGAAUUUCAUUGGCAUUGACAAGUUUUACGUUGGCAUGCACAAUUACUUGACCAAUUUUGCCUAUGGCAAUGCCAAAACGGUCGACUUGUGGCACGCGCUGGAAGCGGCGUCGGGAUUGGAAAUCACGGCGAUGGCACAUACGUGGACGACGCAGAUGGGGUUUCCCGUCGUCACGGUGACGAAAGACGGGUCCAUUGUCACCCUCGAGCAACAGCGCUUCUUGGCCAACGGAUCCACGGACGCCGUGAGUAAGUGGGACGUCCCGAUCACGUUCACUACCCCCACGAACGGCGUUCAGAACGCCGGCAUCUGGACGGCGUCCCAGCCAUCCAUUGCGUUGGACGUUGGUGCUGCGCCGUGGGUCAAAGUAAACGCAGCUCAGACAGGGUUCUACUUAGUCAACUACCCGUCGGAUCUGUGGACGUCGUUGAAGGCGCCGGUGGCGGCACUGGCGCUGGACACGGUGGACCGCGUGUCGCUUCUCCACAGCAUCUUCGUGCUCGCGCGCGCCGGGUUGGUGCUCACCACGGACGCGCUCCAGUUCUCUCAAGCGUAUGCCAAUGAACCCGAGUACUUGGUGUGGAAGGAGCUGUCGGAGAACUUGGCCGUGUACCUGCGUCUGUUCAAGCACGAGUCGUGGUUCCCGUCGUUUCAAGCGUACAUUCAGCAGCUGUACGCGGCUGUGAUGAGCCAGUUGACGUGGGACGCGCGCCCGACGGACCAAGACCUGACCAGCAACUUCCGCCGCGACGUGAUUGCCAUACUGGCGGCGGCCAACGACCCCGCCGUGGUGGCGGAAGCCUCGGCGCGCUUCCACGCCGCAGUUGCCGCCCCGGCCUCGCUCUCGGCCGACUUGCGCUCGAUCGUGUACAGCAUCCACGUGCGCAAAACGUCCGAGCCCGACGCUGCGUUUGCACACCUUCUAAAUGUCUAUGAAACCAGCGAUUUUAUCGAGGAAAAGCUGCACGUGCUGGGCGCAUUGGGUCGGUUUCCGUCUGUGCAGCUCAAGACCCGCGCGUUGGAGUGGGCUGUGGCGGGAGGUGUCCGUAGCCAGGACAUCCACAGUGUGUUUGGCAGUGUCGCAGCCGACGGGUCCACUGUCGCAUGGGAGUAUGUUCAGGCCAAAUGGGAUGCUUUGAGCGCACAGUACUCGCAGAUCGUCGUGGGUCGCAUCCUAUGUGUGUCCAUCGCCAACUUCCAGACGGAACAAGCUGCCGCGGCGGUCGAAGCGUUCUUGGUCGGCCGCCCUCAAGGCGCAUUUGCCCGCCCGCUGGCGUCGGUCCUUGAAAACAUCCGCACCGGGGCCGCCAUGUACGCCCGCGAUGUGACGCCGUUGGCAGCGUGGAUCCAAACGCUGUAAUAUGUAUGGUUAAUUCCGGUGAAACAUGCAACUAUUUGGGGUGGUUUGACCCUAUGACGUGAAGUGGCAAUAAAUCGACCUCACGAUUUGAUUCGCCGAAAAUACCUUAAUACAGCCAAUCAAAAAUUGUUUCCCUG